AUGACUACACCAUUUGAUGGGCAGGUUCCUCAGCCAGGGCAAUGGCCAGUGGAUCCCCAAGAGGAUAUGCCGGUAUCUGAAGGCAGGAUCUGGGUUGAUGGCUGCUUCGACUUUACUCACCACGGACACGCCGGAGCAAUGCUUCAGGCUCGUAAACUUGGAAACCAACUAGUCGUUGGGAUACACUCAGACGAAGCGAUCCUUGAGAACAAGGGUCCGACUGUCAUGAACCUAAGGGAACGAGUGGCUGCAGUAGAUGCUUGUCGUUGGGCCACUCAGAGCAUCCCGCAUGCUCCGUAUGUCACCCAAUUGCCCUGGGUGUCUCACUACGGAUGCCGUUACGUUGUCCAUGGCGAUGACAUCACCUCCGAUAGCAAUGGAGAAGACUGUUAUCGAUUUGUCAAAGCAGCCGGGAGGUUUAAGGUGGUCAAAAGAACACCUGGAAUUUCUACUACAGAUCUCGUUGGCCGGAUGCUACUGUGCACCAAGGGUCACUUCAUUAAAUCUGUGAAAAGGACGCUCAAUGGAGAAGAGGGAUCAGGCAACGCGGAAGAGCGAAAAGCGUUUGCCGUCGAUCUUCUACAGAGAAUCCAAGACUACGCUACUGAUGAAUCUGGGCUUAAACCCGGACCACAAGUCUGGACGUGGAUUGGCUCUCAAUCAGCGAAGCUGGAUCAUAUGAUCGAGGAAGCUGGUUCCUUUGACAAACUUGUGGGCGGGAAAGGCCCUAAGCCAGGGCAGCGAAUUGUAUAUGUUGAUGGUGGCUUUGAUCUUUUUUCGUCCGGACAUAUUGAGUUCCUUCGACAGGUUCUGCAUAGCGAAGAGAAGGUCGGCCUUGAGCGUGGCUGGUAUGAGUCUGACCGGCAACAGCAGAGGCUCAGAGACCAUGGGGAGGAUUUUGGUCCUGCUUACAUCAUUGCAGGAAUUCAUGAUGAUGAUGUGAUCAACCAUUGGAAAGGACUGAAUUACCCCAUUAUGAACAUCUUUGAGAGGGGCCUCUGUGUGCUACAAUGUCGUUACAUUCAUGCCGUCAUUUUCUCGGCUCCUUUCUCACCCAGUCAGUCUUAUUUGGGAGCAUUCCCCUUUGGCACCCCGAAUGCCGUGUACCACGGUCCCACGACUUUCAUUCCUCUCACGUAUGAUCCUUAUACUGGCCCAAAGAAAAUGCAAAUAUUCAACACCAUUGAGAAUCACGCCUUUCAGCAUGUAAAUGCUGGGGAGAUUGUGGAAAGAAUAUUGAAGAGCCGCGAAGCGUAUGAAGAACGGCAGCGCGCCAAACUGCAAAAGGGAAUUGUUGAAGAUUUGGUCAAAUCAAAAGAGACUAUGUCUCAAUAG